GAUAAAGAUGGGGGAGAGAUACAGUGAAAGAGAGAGAUAGAGUGAAACAGAGAGAGAGAGAGAGAGAGAGAGAGAGAGAGACGGGGGAGUGGCCCUCCAGCAGCAGUGACGUCAUUUCAACAUGGCUGCACAGGACGAGCUAAAUCAGCUGGAGCGCGUGUUCCUGCGGCUGGGCCAUGCUGACACCGACGAACAGUUGCAAGAUGUCAUCUCAAAGUUUCUGCCACCUGUUCUCCUCAAGCUGUCCAGUGCUCAAGAGGGUGUUCGCAAAAAAGUUAUGGAACUACUGGUUCACGUGAAUAAACGGAUUAAGAGUCGUCCUAAGAUUCAGCUGCCCGUGGAGACGCUACUCGUGCAGUACCAGGACCCAGCAGCAGUGUCUUUUGUCACCAAUUUUACGAUAAUCUACAUAAAGAUGGGGUACCCCCGACUGGACGUGGCCAAGCAGUGUGAGCUCGCACCCACUCUGCUCACGGCCAUGGAGGGCAAGCCAGAGCCUCAGCAGGACAGCCUGAUGCAUUUGCUGAUUCCCACUCUGUACCACAUGAAGUAUCCGACAGAGCCUUCGAAAGCAUCGCCCUUUGUCCUCACAGAGAAGCCCAAGACUGUUCAUCAGCUUCUAGAGUUCAUGCUCGACAUCCUUCUGAUGCCUUAUGGGUUUGUGUUGAAUGAGCAGGCAAGCCGUCCCUCUCCGUCCUCCCCACAGGGGGGCUCCGUAGCAGCAGGAGCAGGAGCAGGAGCAGGACAGGGCCUUCCUCAGCCUCCUCCAGGGAUGAGCCUGUAUGCUGUUAAAAGAGUUAUUGGAGAAGCGCAAUGGAGUCCUGAACAGCUGGAGCAGUGCAAGUUGGGGAUUGUAAAGUUCAUCGAGGCGCAGCAGGUACCCGAAGUGGAAACAGUUGUCCACCUGGUUGUUGCCUCUAGCGACACCAGGCAUAGCGUAGCUACGGCAGCUGACCUGGAACUGAAAAGCAAGCAGAGCAUCAUUGAUUGGAACAAUCCACUUAUCAUUAACAAAAUGUUCAAAGUUUACUUGGGCGAUAUUCCACUCAAAACAAAGGGUGCCACAGUGAAGCGGGAACUGAAGCACGAACCAGUCAGCACCAGGGUCAAAAUGAAGAUUCUGCCUCAUCUGCUUCGCUCCAGACUCGCUGCUGAGUGUUUUCCUGCAAACAUCCAGGUCGUCUAUGACGGGCUGUUUGGAGCCAACACCAACAAUAAACUCCUGUCUCUCACUUUGCAGUUCGUGCACCAUAUCUGUGUUGUGUGCCCCGAUACCAAUAAACCAUUGGGACUGAUGCUGCUAAACGGCCUCACCAAGCUUAUCAAUGAGUACAAGGAGGAUCCCAAAUUGCUGUGUAUGGCCUACUCAGCUGUUGGAAAGCUUUCGAGCCGAAUGCCGCAGCUCUUCACUAAAGACAUAGCCCUGGUCCAGCAGUUCUUUGAGUCCAUUUGCAAGGAAGAAGCUGAUGUGCGACUGGCUAUACAAGAGGCUUUGUCUAUGAUGGUGGGUGCGUAUGUCAACCUGCAGGGGGCUCGCCUUAACCUAAUGGAGGCACUGGUGGCUGCAUACAUAGGAAAGCCGGAAGUGCAGGUGCGUCAAGUGGCAAUGAAGUUUGCCAGCGUGGUGUUUGCACCGGACCAUGUUCCCUCCAGAUACCUGCUUCUGCUAGCUGCAGGAGAUCCUCGUGAGGAGGUGUCUGGAGAGGCCCGGCGCACUCUCAGGUCUCUCUCGUCUAAGAGUGCAGAGAAAGAAAAAUUCAAGCCCAUGCCUUCCUUUGCUGAGAUGGUCAGCUACAUUCAGGAGAAGGCCACUGAGAGGAUGAAGACUCCAGCCAAAUACAUUGUUGGAACUUCAACACUUCCUUUUAACCCUGCCACGUUUGAAGAGAUCGUUUUAUAUCUCAGGAUGUGUUUGGCUCAUAGCGCUGGAGCCACACCUGCUUCGCAGAGUUUGAUUGACAUGCAGGAUGACGCUCCUAUUGUUGGCCGGUACGUUCGGUCUUUGCUCGCAAAUGAAGCUCCACCCUCUUCCUCUACACCUAAAGGAGGAGAGGCCAAUCCGGUUCAGGUCUACAUGGAUCUGCUGCAACAGCUGCUGUCGGCCGUAGGAGGUAUUCCAGUCAUGUAUUGCUUGUUAGAGGUGGUAUCUGUUUGUCCUCAGAAACUCGCUCCCAGGUUCUCUAACAAAAUCGAUUGGAUAAAAGGUCUGAUGAACACCAACAAGGAAGACAUGCGGGAGCUAGCUGCUCAGCUCUAUGCCGUGGUUGUCUCCACCAUGUCUGGCAAUGAACUCAAAAUCGCUGUACAAAACCUGAUCAAGAUCACUAAAGACACUCAUAGUCCCGAGUCCCAGCACGGUGCCAUUUUGGCUUUAGGAUACAUGGUGGGCAGGUACAUGAGCCGGAGACAUGGCUUGACUUUGCUUGAGAGGACAAGUGCCACAUCCAGAGAUGAUGAGGAGUUGAUCACCAUAGCUACCAAAACCAUCGGAUCAUUUUUGGACAGUGCCACUCCCUUGCUGACAAUCGCUGCAGUAACAGCUCUGGGGGAGAUCGGGCGUAACGGAGAACUGCUAAUACCAAGCGAGGGAGACGGAUUCAGCAAACUCAGCCUGGUGGAGAACCUGCUGGCCAGGAUAACUUCAGGCAAAGAGAGCGGCAAGAUGAAAGAACGUGUAAUCCAGACACUAGGAUUUCUCCCAGUGGGAGACGAAGAAUUCCCACAUCAGAAAAAACUCCUGCAAGGCCUCAUGGAUUCAGUAGAGGCCAAGCAGGUCGAGCUGCAGUUUACUGUCGGUGAGGCCAUAACGAGCGCUUCUGUCGGUUCCUGCUCAGGCGCUGCCAGAGAUGUCUGGACUUGCACGGAAGACCAGUACUGCCCUCCUGAGAAUGUGAAGAAUAAUGAUGUCUUGUCCUGGGCAUUGAGCGCCAUCUUGUCUAAGUACAUAGUGAGUCAGAAUCCCCACGUGCGCCAGGCUGCCUGCAUAUGGCUCCUCUCGCUCGUAAAGAAACUGAACCAGCAUAAAGAGAUUCGGUCUCGUUUAAAGGAGAUCCAGACAGCCUUCAUUUCCAUAUUGUCUGACCCAGACGAGCUUAGUCAGGACGUGGCGUCUAAAGGCCUGGGGUUAGUGUACGAACUGGGAGGAGAGCAGGAUCAACAGGAACUGGUGUCCACUCUAGUGGAGACUCUUAUGACUGGAAAAAGAGUCAAACAUACUGUAUCUGAAGACACUGAGGUCUUUCAAACUGAUGCUCUUGGUAAAGCACCUGAUGGGCAUGGCCUCUCAACCUACAAGGAGCUUUGCUCUCUGGCAAGUGAUCUCAACCAACCAGAUCUUGUUUACAAAUUCAUGAACCUGGCCAAUCACCAUGCCAUGUGGAACUCAAGAAAGGGGGCAGCAUUUGGGUUUAACAUCAUUGCAGCUAAAGCUGGAGAGCAGCUUGCUCCGUUUAUGUCCCAGUUAGUGCCCCGUCUCUACAGGUACCAGUUUGAUCCCAACCUGGGCAUCCGGCAGGCCAUGACCAGCAUCUGGGACGCCCUCGUCACGGACAAAACUAUUGUUGAUAAAUACUUCAAAGAGAUACUGCAGGAUGUCAUUUCCAACCUGACCAGCAAUAUGUGGAGAGUUCGGGAGUCAAGCUGCUUGGCUUUAAAUGAUCUGAUUCGUGGAAGGCCUGCAGAUGACUUCAUAGAGCACCUGACAGAGAUCUGGGAAACACUUUUCCGGGUUUUGGAUGAUAUCAAGGAAUCGGUCCGAAAAGCAGCAGAUUUAACUCUGAAGACCCUCAGUAAGAUAUGUGUGCGAACAUGCGAAUCUACAGGUGCGUCGGCUAAAAGAACAGUCGGUGUGCUCCUGCCAAUUCUGCUAGACAAAGGCAUUGUCAGCAGUGUGGCUGAGGUGCGCACUCUCAGUAUCCAGACUCUUGUGAAGAUCAGCAAAGCAGCAGGCAGCUGUCUGAAACCGCACGCCCCUCGUCUCAUUCCGGCUUUGCUAGAGGCACUGAGUGUACUCGAACCGCAAGUGCUCAACUACCUCAGUCUGAGAGCCACGGAGCAGGAGAAGAGUGCAAUGGAUACUGCCAGACUGAGUGCAGCAAAGUCCUCACCUAUGAUGGAGACCAUUAACAUGUGUCUGCAGCAUUUGGAUGUGUCCGUGCUAGGCGAGCUGGUUCCUAAACUUUGUGAUUUGCUAAAGAGUGGAGUCGGUCUUGGAACCAAGGGUGGCUGUGCCAGCGUGAUUGUAUCAUUGACAGUACAGUGUCCUCAAGACCUCACGCCUUACUCAGGUAAACUAAUGAGUGCACUUCUAAACGGGAUCCACGACCGCAGCUCCGUGGUUCAGAAAUCCUUCGCCUUCGCUAUCGGUCAUUUGGUCAGGACAGCAAAAGACAGCAGUGUGGAGAAGCUUCUGCAGAAACUCAGCACCUGGUACCUGGAGAAAGAAGAGGCCAUAUACAAGUCAUCAUGCUGUUUGACAGUCCAUGCCAUCAGUCACUACAGUCCUGACGUGUUGAAGGCUCACGCCGGCGUGGCUCUGCCACUGGCAUUCCUGGGCAUGCACCAGCAGCCUGACGAACAAGGCGACGGCGCAGACGCCAACCUGUGGGCCGAGGUCUGGCAGGAACACGUGCCUGGCAGUUUUGGUGGAAUCAGGCUGUAUAUGACUGAGCUCAUAGCAAUUACCCAGAGAGCUUUGCAGUCACAGUCCUGGAAGAUGAAGGCUCAAGGUGGAGCCGCCAUGGCAACCAUCGCCAAGCAACAGACAGGCUCGCUUGUGGCACCUCACUUGGGGAUGGUGCUAAGUGCAUUACUGCAGGCGCUGGCCGGACGCACGUGGGCCGGGAAGGAGGAGCUGUUAAAGGCUGUUGGGUCCGUGGUGUCACAGUGCAGUGUGGAGCUGCAGAAGCCUGCAGCAGGUCAGCCAACCUUGCGUCAAGUGUUGGACACAGUGCUUAAGGAAUGCAAAAAGGAGAGUCUUGUUUACAAAAUGGCCGCCUUGCGCAGCGCAGCAAACAUUUUGGAGGCGGCUAAAGAGGAUCGUUUUCAGGAAAUGGCUGAUAUCCUGUUCCCGCUCAUUAGAAAGAAUCAACCUGCAAGCGCCGGUUCACCGAAGCACCACGACGAGGACGACGAGGACGUGAAAGAACGAGAGCUGCGAACCGAAGUUUUGCUGUGCGCCUUUGAGGCACUGGGAAAAGCCUGGCCCAAGAACGUGGAGACACAGAAUCGGUACCAGGCAGAAGUGUGUGGGCUAAUGUGUGACAGAUUGAAACUGAGCACCUGGAGAGUUCAGCUGGGUGUCCUGCAGUGCGUGAAGGCUUUUUAUCAGGGAUUGCUGCUGUUGGAAAAGGACCAUCAGAACUCACAAGUACUGACUGAGCUUCUGACAGAAACCUGCACUUCACUUGCAUCUCCACUGGAAAACAGAAGUUACUCAUCCAUAAGGACAGAGGCCUUGACAAUUUUGGAGCUACUCCUGAAAAGGAUUGAAGAGAGCGACCAAUGGGAUUGCCUGUGUGAAAAGAGCCGGCGACAGCUCCAGCGUUCUCUUGCUACGAUGGAAACGGACAGCCGUCCUGAACUGAAAGACAAGGCCCAAACGCUGAGAAGAAAAAUACAGGGUCUGCCUUAAACAAACCUCCUCUAACACACUCCUCUGAAUCAUAACACAUUAAAAUCACUUCUUUUGGCACAGUGGACAAUAUUCCACAUAAGCAUAUGUUGAGAAAAAAAAAAACAGUAAAACCGCAUCCACUCCUGCACUUAAACACAUCGCUUCUCGAUGUCCUAGACGAACUCGCGGGACAUGCUUACAUUACCAGUGCCAAUCAUUUUCAAUAACUUUUACUCCUUUGAUUGCAGUUGUAACCAGGUCCUAGAUGAUCCAGAAGUGUGUGUUAAGUUUUCUGUGUUCAAAGCAAUUACAUAAGUAUGAAACAAACAUCGAGUGUCAGACUAACGAAACUGCCACUUUAGUGUUUAUCUACACUGAACUCGUCCCUCAGUGGGUUGUGCGACUACUGCUUUCUUUCCACUUCAGUAAAGAAACCAUCUCCCCACAACCUCCAUUAGUGUGAUCUUCAAGCAGAAUAGAGUGAAAGAAACGAUGCCAUAAAAAGUUGAAAUGUGAAAUUAGAGCCCAUGUGUGUAUAUUUAAAGUAGAUCUUGUAAAGUUUGCCUUCUAAUGUUUGCAUGUUAACACAGUGUCCUCUUUGGGGGGGGGAAAGCCAAACAAAUGUAUUUGCAGAAGAAAAAACUGUCUUUUUUCCAGAGAGGCAUGUUCAGUUGGAUCCAACAUCACCCAUGGGAAAUUUUGCCCCAAAUAAAAAAAAAAAAAAGACAGAC